AUGAACUACGCCCCCAUCCGCACAGACUUCUACGUGGUGCCGCCGGACAUGACGAACCUCACAGCAGAGGAGAUGCGAGGACUGCUGCGGGAGCUGGAUGGGGCAAAGGUUCACGGGCAGGAUGUGCCGCGGCCGAUUCGCUCCUGGCAUGGCACCGGACUGCCGGAUCGCGUGCUGGAGGUGCUGGAGGAGCACGAGUACAAGUGCCCUUUUGCGGUGCAGUCGCUCGGCGUGCCGGCGCUGAUGAGCGGACGGGAUUUGCUCCUCACAGCAAAGACGGGAUCCGGCAAAACGCUCUGCUACGCGCUGCCGCUCAUCCGGCACUGCGCGGACCAGCCGCGGUGUGAAAAGAGCGAGGGCCCGAUAGGGCUGGUGCUUGUUCCCACGCAGGAGCUCGCUAUGCAGGUAUUCACGCUUCUCGACGAGUUGGGGGAGGCUGCUGGGCUACGCUGCGUCGCCUCGUACGGCAGCACGUCGCUAUCCGACAAUAUUCGUCACGUCAAGGCGGGGUGUGAGCUGAUGGUGGCGACGCCCGGUCGGCUACUAGACCUCCUGACAGUGAACGGCGGGAAGGCGUUGAGCCUGUCGCGCGUCUCCUUCGUCAUCGUUGACGAGGCGGACCGCCUCUUCGACAGCGGCUUCAUGGAACACGUGGAGGCCUUUCUGAAGAACAUACGCCCUGACCGCGUAACUGGGAUGAUCAGCGCUACGAUGCCAAAGGAGCUGCGCGGGGUAGUAGCGCAACACCUGCGGAACCCUGUUCUCAUUUCUGUCGGUGGAAAACCAACGCCUGCCUCGAACGUCGAGCAGCAGUUUUUCUUUUUCGACGAGGAGGUGUACGACGCGAACAACAUCAAGGCAGACAUGAGCCCACGUCUGGUAAAGCUACUGGCAUUGCUGGGCGAUGAGGGCGGUGACGGCCAGAACCUAAUCCUGGUCUUUACUCAACGGAAGGAAGAGGUGGACGAGUUGUUGGGGCGGCUCACGACGCUAGGCUACGCCAACCGCGUGGCGACACUCUACAGCGGCAUGGACCCCAUCGACCGCGAGUUUGCGCUGGAGCACUUUGCCCCAGGGAAGCAGUUUAUUCUUGUCGCCACCGCAGUUGCAGAGCGCGGCUUGGAUAUACCGUACCUCGGCCUCGUUAUCAACUACCGCCUGCCCAACCACUACGAGGCGUACGUGCAUCGGAUUGGCCGCACCGGCCGCGCCGGGCGCAGUGGGCGUGCCGUGAGCUUUUUCACUCGUGGCAAGGAUGACGACAUCGCUCCGGAGCUGGUGGAAGGGCUUGAGCGCGCAGAGCAGCGAGUGCCAGAGGAGUUGUACGAGGUUGCGGAGAAGGUGCGUGCGCUGCGCAAGUCUGGCGAUGCACGGUACAACAGCGGCUUCUUUCGCGGCUACCGCGACGCGAAGGCGCAGCGCUUCACUGACCGCAACAAGAAGGAGAAGGUGCGCGAGGCAGCCCGCGCGGCCGGGUUAGAGCAGUUUCUCAGCUCCUCCUCGGAGUCCGACUCGGAUGCCUCGAGCGACGAAGACACAAACAUCACUGCGGUGCCGGUGCAAUCGAGAGCCCGCGCUGCGUCGGCGGAGGAGGCAGCGGCGAACGCGAUGGCGCUGACACUGCACCGUGGUGCGCAACGCAGCGCGUUGACCCUGUCCACUGCGCAGGAGGACCGCAUUUCCAAGGCUCUGGCAUUUGCGCAGAAAACAACCACGGCGGCCACGAUAGGGGCGGACGAGGCGACGAUGGUGCGUUUUCAGAGCGAGUACCCCAUUAAUGACUUGCCCGAUGCCGUGCGUGGCAAGCUGCAGAGCGGGGCUUUUAUGCGCUCCAUCGCGGAGGAGACGGAGACAUCAUUGAUCCGAAAGGGCGUGUACUUCGACCCACGCUACAAGCACUCGCGGCGGAUGAAGGAGGGGGAGAAGCCGCUGUAUUUCUUGAUAGUGGGCAAGUCGAUGGAGGCGGUGCGGGCAGCUCGCAACAAACUCGACGAGGUGAAGGCAGAGCUGCUGAGCAAACAGAAGAAGACGGGAUCCGUGACUGGUGCCACGAUCUAG